AUGAAAAUCAUUAGUUGGAACUGCUGGGGGCUUGGGAACCUCUGUGCAGUUACAGCCCUCUUUCAUAUUGUAAAGGUUCAAGCACCCAAGGUUUUGUUUCUUAUGGAGACGAAACGAUCAGUGACAGAGAUGAAGCAAAUAACAGAUGAUUUACCAUACCAAGGGGUCUUUGUGGUACCUAGUGUGGGAAGAAGUGGCGGAUUGGUAAUGAUUUGGAAGGAGGAAGUCAACUUGCACAUUCAGACAUACACCCAGAAUCAUAUUGAUGCAAUCAUCUAUAACAACUCGAGUCCAGCAUGGAGAAUUACAGGCUUUUAUGGCCAACCAGAUGCAAAUCGAGAAGCAAGGUCGAAUCCCAAACCAGCAGCUCUAAUGGAGGCUUUUCGAAGUGCACUUCUUCAUUGUAAUCUUAUUGAUCUUGGGUACACUGGGAACAAGUACACAUGGAAUAGUGGAAGACAUCAUGGAGAGUUUGUCCAACAAAGACUAGACCGAGCUUGUGCCACAUUGGAAUGGAGAGAGCUUUUUCCCCACAGUCGAGUAACUCACCUACAAGCACCAUAUUCAGAUCAUAUCCCAAUCUUGCUCACCACUCACAACACAAACAUCUCUACCCGAAGAAAAAAAUUCCCUCACCGGUUUGAGGAAAAAUGGGCUUCACACCUGGAUUGUGAACCAGUCAUCCAAGCAGCUUGGAACCAAGUGCAUCCUAGGGGGAGUCUGAUGUUCAGGUUGUUCGAAAAAAUCAAACAUUGCAGGAUGGAUUUGAUUGGAUGGUCCCAAUCUGCUUUUGGAGAUACUGAAGCAAAAUUGGAGGAGAAACAAAAGGAAUUGGAGGACCUAACAAAACAAAAUACCGGUGACAAGAUGGAGAGCAUCAACAUGGUGAAGAGUGAAAUAAAUAGAUUGUUGUAUCAAGAGGAAUUAACAUGGAGGCAACAGUCAAGGGCAAUUUGGCUACAAGCGAGUGACAAGAAUACAAAAUUCUUCCAUCAAACAGCAAGCCAAAGGAGACGAAGAAAUCAGAUCAUUGGGGUUUUUAAUGAUGAAGAUAGCUGGUGUACAGAUGACAAUGAGAUUGCAAAUGUGGUUGAAAAUUACUUCCAUAAUCUAUUCACUACAGCACAUCUAGAUCACACAAUUAUGGAAAAUGUCCUUGAUUCAGUUGACAGGCGAAUAACAAAUGACAUGAACGGUAUACUCCUACGACCUUACACUGCUGGUGAGAUUAAGAAAGCCCUCUUUCAGAUGCACCCAUCAAAGUCUCUUGGGCCGGAUGUCCUCGCUAAUCGGUUAAAGAUUAUAUUGCUCAAUGUUAUAUUUGAUGCCCAGAGUGCUUUUGUGCCAGAUAGAUUGAUCACAGAUAAUACUACUGUAGCAUUUGAAGUGUUGCACAGGAUGCGUAAUAGACGAAGGGGAAAAAGAGGACACAUGGCAGUAAAAUUGGACAUCAGCAAGGCCUAUGACAGGGUGGAAUGA